GCCUCCUGCCCAGAGAAGAUGGAAUCAGAGGAAAUGUUGGCUGGAGGCUUAACUGAACCCAGACCUGCCACUCCAGAAAUCCAGGAGAUUGCCAACAAGGUUAAACCACAGCUUGAAGAAAAAACAAAAAAAACUUACGAAAAAUUUGAAGCUAUUAUUUACAGAUCUCAAGUGGUUGCUGGAACAAAUUACUACAUCAAGGUUCAUGUAGGUGGUAAUAGCUACGUUCACAUAAUAGUAUUUCAAAAUCUUCCUCAACUAAAUGAGCCUUUGAAACUUAUUGGCUACCAAGUUGACAAAACCAAGGAUGAUGAGCUGACCGGCUUUUAGCAGCAUGAUCUGGAAGCAGCUGAUUCUUCCCACUGGCUCUUGAGUAAUGAUCCCUGCAAAUAAAUGCAACUAUCAAU